AUGUUCAAUCCUACAACGUUGGAUGUCCGAUGCAAGAGGACCUUGGAAAUGCUAUUGCGUCCCAAAUACUUCCGCAUAAUCCAACCAUGGCUAGCCAUCUCUAUGGAUGUAGAUAAGGAGAUUCUGGCGCAUGUUGGCGACAUACUGCAACGUCCUCCGCCCAAGCUGGGCUCUCGGUCCCUGCCUAAUGGGUACAACCUACGGCGUGCCCUGGCUACUGCAGUUCAGGGAUCAUUGGACAUUGAGCAAUUGAGGGACGGCACACCGUUCGGGCCACGGUGUAAAUGUAUUUCCUCGAGAACAGUUACUCGGGGUAUUUACAAAAGUGGUGAUGAUGUCCAUAGAGCGUUUGCUAUGGAGAAUAGACCUCUCCGGUCUCUGCCUUUCUCCCAGAUAUUUACUCCCAGGGUUUUAAAGCGAAUCGAAGAAUGUCGUUUCAAGAGUCUACACGUUGGCCGAGUAGAUCAGCGUUGGAGCGGGUUCUUCGAGGUCUGUGGAUAUUCAAUGCGAACAUGCCCAGCUAUGCAGCAUUGA